AUGGCCAAACUACGUAACGGUGGUAGCCGAGCGCCUGGCUGGCCAGGCGGAGGGCGUGGGAAGCGAGUGGCCAAGUUGAGCAGCAAUGGUCGAGCUGGAAACGAAUAUCACUGGAAAAUCAAAAUACGAGCAAAAAUUACACUGAGGAGACAAGAUUAUAAGCAUCCUGUCCUCAAGCAAGCGAAUUUGAAUAAGAAGCAUUACAGAGGAGUGAGAGAGAGACCGUGGGGUAAACGGGCAGCAGAAAUCAGAAACCCAAACAAAGGAAUUCGGGUAUGGCUACGCACUUUCUCCACAGCAGAAGAUGCAGCCAAAGCUUACGAUGAUGCUGCUUUCAAAUUCAGGGGCACAAGAGCUAAAUUGAACUUUUCAGAAAGAGCACCGCUUUCCCAAAAUAAUUAUAACAAUAAAAGUGCUGGUGUGAACUCAAGUCAUAAAAGUGAUUCUGUUGCUAGUGUAGAGAUUCCAGCCGCACCCUCAAUAUUAAGAGAUUCCUCUUUCACACCCACUUGUGAAAUGCAAAGCACAGGUGCAAUUUCUGACUUGGUUUCCUUUAUCUCCAAUGUGUUGUGA